AUGGCAGACAGAGGUAGAGGUAGUGGUCGUAGAACAUUUAAUCGUGGUACAAGACAUGGUACCCACAGUUUGAGAGCUCCAAUUACCGCCAAUCCUUCCCCCUCAUCCAUUCACAUAUCAUCCUCAGAGUCGAUGAUUCAUGUUGUUGCACAGACUCCAAACACACUUCCUACAGCUCAAGACCAACCAAAUCCUACCUUUGUAAGGGAGUCAAUUCCUACUACCCCUGUUAGAGAUGCUUCACCUUCAGCACCAGAUGAUUCUGUUACACCUGAGUACCCAACAAAUCCAAAUUAUGAACAUAUUGUUAAUGAAAGGCCUUUCAUUCGUGCAUAUAAAGGACAGUUUCAACCAACAUAUGGGUGUUGUAAUAUCAUAUCAAAUGUUAUUAGGGCAAAAUUUGAUGAACUAGCUCCAAGUUGGUUGAAUGUGUCAGUUGACCUUCGCGAUAGGUGGUUUGGAGAGUUUAAGAAAGAGUAUAGGUGGCACCCACAAGAAGAGCGAGCCAUUAGAGCUGUUUUUGAGACAAAAGGUUCAUGUAUUUUAAAAAGUGCAAUGAACAAGAUUAGAAAUGGUCAAGAUAAAGGAAAGUGGAUAACAGCUAAUGUUCGAGCAACUUUGGACGAACAUUGGGGUUCUACAGAUUUCCUAAACAAUAGCUCCACUGCCAAGGCGAAUCGAUCUGUUGAUAGAGGAGCCUCAGCAUACUGUGGUGGUUCCAUAUCUACUGCAACUCACUUUGAAAAGCUGGAGAAAUAUCAACAUCAUCGAGAUGAAAUCUUACAACGUUCAACAGAGGAAGGCACAUCUACACAGGGUUCCCCUAACACUACUACUUCUGUUAAUGAUAAUGAAAUAUAUUUGAAUGUUGUUGGAGGUCCAAAUUACAAGGGGAACGUGUACGGCCUAGGUACUUUGAGCAAAAGGUUUAGUUGCUCAAAAUCAGCUCCAUCUACUUCUAUUGCUCCUGUGGAAGACCAAAUAGAGGAAAUGCGUGAGACAAUUAAUAAAUUGAAUGCUGAGUUUUUGGCAAAGGCAAAUAAGGAGAAGACACUUAAGGAAAAAGAUGUUGCAGAUGAUGGAGAAUCAUGA